AUGGAGUCAAUAGAGUCAAUGGCGGCAAGUGCGGCGCGGGAGGAAGCUUCUCCGAAGGUGGCGGACGGGAGCAGAGUGACAGUGGGAGUGCUGUCCAAGUGGGUGCACAUCGGCCGGGGAUGGGCGCUAAGGCUCUUCCUCCUCAGACAGUGGGUGCACAUCGGCCUGGGGUGGGCGCCAAGGCUCUUCCUCCUCAGACAGGUAAGGGUCAAGGCAAGAAUUGAAUCGCUGUUCUUCAAAGGAUGUUCGACUGUCAGAAAGUCUAGAGAUGAUGAUGAUGAUGAUGAUGAUGAUGAUGAUGAUGAUGAUGAUGAUGAUGAUGAUGAUGAUGAUGAUGAUGAUGAUGAUGAUGAUGAUGAUGAUGAUGAUGAUGAUGAUGAUGAUGAUGAUGAUGAUGAUGAUGAUGAUGAUGAUGAUGAUGAUGAUGAUGAUGAUGAUGAUGAUGAUGAUCAAAGAAGCUUCUUCGUACCUUCUGCUGCUGCUGAGCCGAUCUCUCCUGCUCUCUCCUCCCUCGGGAUUGCCUCUCUUUCUCCUAUGCCGCCUCCUGCCCUUUUAUCUGCUGCCACACCUGCUGCAACUGGUGGUAACGAUGGCGAUGACAUCAGAAGCGGUCAUGGUGACGUGGGCACAGAGCCGACCGUGUCACGCAGUUCCGUCCAGCCUAUGGUUGAUUUUCUGAGGGCCGCUGCCGUCAGCGAUGAUGUCAUCGUGCGAUGCAAGGAGGUGGUUUGGCGGCAGGUGGUGGCGCCGGUGCUGCUGGGGGAGCGGCGUGCAAAGGAGCAGCUUAUAACGAGGAUGCAGCAGCUGGAGAUUGAGAAAGCUCUUUUGGAGUCGGAGCUGCUGCGCAUGCAGAGGAGGAGGGGGCGGAGGAGAGGGACUGGCAGGGGAGGGAAUGGUGAAGGAAAGGAGGAGGAAGAAUCGGAGGGAUGGAAGGAGGAAGAAGAUUGGGAAGAAGAGGAAGAAAAAGAUGAGGAUGACGAUGAAGAGGAGGAGGGGGAGGAAAGGUUCUUCGAGGCAGCAGAGAGGCUGGCAGGGGAGUCAGAGGGGUGGGAUGGAAUAGUGGGGGAGGGGGAGGGAUCACAGGAAGGUGGAAGUGAAGGGGGGAGUGAAGGGGGAAGUGAAGUGGAAGCGGAGCAGGGGGAGGAGUUCAAGUAUGGGAGGGGCGGAGGCGGGGUUGCGGGGGGAGGAGGCGGGGGAAUAGGAGGUGGAGGAGGGGCGGUAUCAGAGGGGGAAGGGGAGAGAGGAGCGUGGCAGCAGGGGGCUAUGGUUGCAGGGGGAAGGGUUGGAGAGGCCGAGUUGCCAAUGCAUGAGCGGUACGAGUGGAGCAAGGUGACGACAGGCAUAUACAACAUAAUAGUGGGGAAGCUUCAAGUGGAGCACUUCGGCACUAUGCACAUCCGAGGCAGCCGGGGAUUGUCGGUGCAUCUGCACUUCAAGGAGCCGUCACUCUUCGACCGCAGCAAGCACCAGCCGUUCCUCCCCCCCACGGACUCGCGCUUUCGCCCGGACCAGAGGGCGCUGGAGGAGGGGGAUGAGGCGCGGGCGAACGAGGAGAAACGGCGGCUGGAGGGGAAGCAACGCAAGGCGCGGCAGGUGCAGGCGUUAGGCUGGGAGCCCAGGUGGUUUCAACAGAAGGCACCUGGCGGCACCUGGACGUACAAGGGAGGGUACUGGGAGAGGCGGGCAACCAGGGACUGCAGCAGUGCUGGUGGUGCUGCAGAUGCUAGAGGAAGUGGUGCUGCCACCGUUGCUGCUUGUGCUGCCACCGUUGCUGCUUGUGCUGCUUCUCUUGGCCUCCCUUCUUCUCCUGCUGCAGCAGCUGCUGAUCUACCUGCCAGUUCCAGCAGUACUGACUGA